AUGGACGCCGAAUCUGCGCUAUCCAAGGGGUCCUUGGACCUCAUCUUCAAUGAUCCCGACAAGGCCACCAAACAGUUCCCCAUCCCGACGAUGCAAUGUCUGCAAGUCAAGCAGAUGGCGCCCUCUGCUCAGGGCGGCGACAGAUACCGCCUCGUCAUGAGCGACGGCAAGCACUACGUCCAGACCAUGCUGGCCACCCAGGCCAAUCACGUAGUCCACGACGAGAAGCUGGUGCGCGGCUGCAUCGCCCGCGUCAAGCAGUACACACCCAACAACCUCAAGGGGAAGAACAUCCUCAUCAUUCUCGAUCUUGAAGUCAUUGAGAGCUACGGCAUCCUCGACAAGAUUGGCGAGCCCUCGGCCGUCGAGUCCAAGGCUGCCGAGACGACCAUUGCCGGCAACGACUUUUACGGUGUCAAAAAGGAAGAGAAGCCCACCCCUCAGCAACAAACGAUGCCCUCCCGACCAGCCAUGCACGCUGGAAACAAUAUUUACCCCAUCGAGGGCCUCUCGCCCUUUUCUCACAAGUGGACAAUCAAGGCCCGCGUCACAUCCAAGUCGGAAAUCAAGACAUGGCACAAGGCGACUGGCGAGGGCAAGCUGUUUAGCGUCAAUCUCCUCGACGAGAGUGGCGAGAUCAAGUGCACAGGCUUCAACGAUCAAUGCGACGCCUUUUACGAGCUUCUCCAGGAAGGCUCUGUUUACUACAUCUCCACACCCUGCCGCGUGAACCUCGCCAAGAAGCAAUUCUCCAACCUGCCCAACGACUACGAGCUGGCCUUUGAGCGCGACACGGUUAUUGAAAAGGCCGAGGACCAGACCAACGUGCCUCAGGUGCGCUUCAACUUUUCCACCAUCCAAGAGCUGCAGAGCGUCGAAAAGGACAACACGGUCGACAUCAUUGGCGUUCUCAAAGAGGCUGGCGAGAUUAGCGAGAUUGUAUCCAAAAAAACGGGCGCGCCUUACCAGAAGCGUGAACUCACCAUGGUUGACGACACGGGAUACUCGGUGCGCGUCACCAUCUGGGGCAAGACGGCUAGCUCUUUUGAUGCACAGCCCGAGUCUGUUGUCGCUUUCAAGGGUACCAAGGUCUCGGACUUUGGCGGCAAGAGUCUGAGCCUGCUCUCGUCUGGCACCAUUUCCGUGGACCCAGAUAUACCCGAUGCCCACCGCCUCAAGGGCUGGUACGAUUCCGCCGGCCGCAACGACAAUUUUACUACGCACCAGAACCUUGCCAGCGUCGGCGCUGCUGCGGGCCGCACCGACGAAAUCAAGACGAUUGCGCAGGUCAAGGAGGAGAACCUGGGUGUGGAUGACCAGGCCUACUACACGAUCAAGGCGACCAUUGUCUUUGUCAAGCAGGACAACUUUUGCUACCCCGCGUGCCUGUCGCAAGGCUGCAACAAAAAGGUCCAAGAUAUGGGUGACGGCACCUGGCGCUGCGAAAAGUGCAAUCUGUCGCAUGACAAGCCCGAGUACCGCUACGUCAUGAACUUCAACGUUGCCGACCACACCAGCCACCAGUGGCUCAGCUGCUUUGACGAGUCAGGCCGUGCGAUUGUCGGCAUGUCGGCGGACGAGCUGAUGGAUCUCAAGGAGAAUGACGAGGCCAAGUUUAUGGCGACCUUUGAGGCGGUCAACUGCAAGAAGCUGCAGUUUCGAUGCCGUGCCCGCAUGGACAACUAUGGCGAGGUGCAGAGAGUACGAUACCAGGUCAUGACGGCGUCGUUCCUCGACUUUAAGUCGGAGGGCGACAAGCUGGCGGAAAUGAUUAAGCAAUACGACAUGAAUAACUGA